AGGACACAACACGAGGAAUGGAAACUGAUGAGAAGUUGUUGCUCGGUUCGGUUGGCAGAAAUUUAGGCCUUAAAAAACCUGGAAACUUGGAUAAAAGCACAGCUGUGUUCAAAUUGUGCAAGAAAGAAUUUGUCACCGGAACAAUUCCAGCCUGCGCCACCACGUCAGUGCCAAACAUGCUGCAGUCAGAACAGACAAGCUCCCAACUCACAGCGGACAGAAGACAGCGGUCAGAGCCGACAUGAAUUUAAACAUGUCCACUCUACUUGAUGAGACAGCGGCUGAUGUUCCAGUCAGAGACCUCACAGUGAAUCUGUCCCGACUUGCAGCAGGUCCACAAGAUUUAUCGGUGUAUCAAAAUGCUCGGGCACGACAGGACAUCUCGCGGGUGUCAAGGGAGGAGCUGGAGGACCGGUUCCUACGCCUCCAUGAGGAGACCCUGCACCUCAGACAGCAUAUUAACAAACAGGAUGAUAAGAUCAAGAAGCUGGGCACUAAGCUGAUGAGGCUGGUGAAGGACCGGGGACGUAUGGAGCAGCUGGCAGCAGGAGGAGCAGGUCAGCCCGUCUGCAGGGUGAGGGACGUGGGGAUGGAGGAGAUUAUAGAGGAACUCCAGGACAAAGUCCGGGGGCUGCAGACGGAGAACGAAGGGCUAAAACAGCGCCUCCUGGUGGCCAAGCAGCAGCUCCUCAACUCGCAGAGCAGCAGGCCGUCUCCAUAUGGCCACGUCCAAUCACGGGUCAAUUCUGGGCUGAAGAAGCUGCGAGACGAUACUUCUUCUCCUUCUCAAACUCGACCAAAAAGUACGAGGAGUUUGGAGGGAGCGGGGAGGCCUCCGACUGGACUCUUACCUCGGUUUGGACACAACCUGUUGGAGGAGGCGAGGGCUGAGAUCCGCAACCUAGAGAAUGUGAUUGAGCUGCAGCGGAGCCACGUGGAGGAGAUGGAGGGAGCCAACCAGCUGCUGCACGAUGAGCUGAGGAAGAAGGAGGCAGAAUAUGAGGAGAAACUUCUGCACGUCCGACAGCAGCAGACCUCCAAACUUAGGUCACAUGUCAACAGCAACGUGACGAUGAUCAAACUGCAGAAGCAGCUGGCUGACAGGUCCAACGCUGUAACAGAGCUGGAAGGACGAUUUCUACAGCUGCAGGAGAGUCAGAGGAUGCUGAAGACGAGUCACAACGCAGCGAUGCUGAAGGUGGACGAGCUGUCAGCUCAGCUGAAAGAUGAACGGAUGAAGAGUCUGGACCUGGAGAAACAGCUGCAGAGCUCGACUGUGGCCAGGAUGAAGAUGGAUCAGCUGCAGGAGCGAAUCAGUGAACUAGAGCAGGAGAGAGACCUGCUGAAGGACAACAAUGACAAGCUGGUCAACAGUGCCUUCGAUGUGUCUCAACAACAGAAGUGGCAGAUUAAGGAGCAGCAGCUAAAGUUACAGAUUGUGCAGCUUGAAAUGGCGCUGAAGGCCGACCUCGUCGACAAAAAUGAAAUCCUUGACAAAAUCAAGGCAGAGAGAGAUACAAGCGAGAAACUGACAGAAGAAAAUAAGAAACUUGAGAUCCAGUUUCUGGAGCAGAAGCAGCAGCUGGAGGAGCUCACAGACCGUCUAAAGUUCUACAGCAGGGAGAACGAGUAUGACGUGGCUGAACUCACUGAGGCCCUGCUGCUCAUCAAGACGAGAAAGUCUCAGAAGAACGGAGAUCUGGGCUUCCUGAAGGAUGUGGAGGAGGGAGCGAGCAGCGUCCGAGAGCUGCGAGCUGCUCAUGCUGAAACCAUCCAGGAGCUGCAGAAGACCAGAAACCUCCUCAGCAUGGAGGGCAAGAUCUGCAGAGACUACAAGGCGGAGCUGGAAGCUGUGUUGAAGAAGAUGGACGGUGACAGAGCGGAACACGAGCAGAAGCUGGAGCGACAGGCUCAACUGUUGGACAGGAGGGCAGCGAAGAUCAGGAAGCUUGAAGCUCAGCUCCGAGACGUCGCCUACGGCACCAAAACCUACGUCUUCAAACCAGACCUCACUGAUGAGGAUGAGGCAGAGCAACUGGAUGAAACUCUUCACCUAGAGCGUGGAGAGAACCUUCUGGAACUUCAGAUAGUUGGUGCCACACUGUCUCCGUCCACCCUGGAGGUUCUGGGUGACGGAGAGCCCUCCACCUUCUGUACGUACUCCUUGUAUUUGUUUGAGCUGCACUCCACCCCGGUAGUGACGGGCCACAAACCCAAGUAUGGGUUCACAUCGAAGUACGUGGUGAGCAUGGACGACCGCUUCCUCGACUAUCUGCGCAGACGCUGCGUCACGGUGGAGCUGCACCAGGCCCUGGGUUUGGACUGGAGGACACUGGCCACCGGUCAGCUUCGGCUGCAGCAGCUGCUGGAACAGGAUGGAAAAGUUUAUGGGACCGCACCGCUGGUCGGCGUGUCUGAUGAGCUGCGCUCCUUCGGCUCUGUUGAUUACUGGUUGAGACUUCGGAUCCCAAUGACAGAGACCAUCCGCCUGUUUAAAGAGAGAGUGAAGGCCGUCGGCUACAUCCACACUGCACUGAAGGACGACACACAGCAGCUGCAGCCGGCAGGCAGCAGCAGCUGGAACGAACUUCACAUCACAGUCCAGUGCUGCCGAGACCUCCGGUCCAGAAGUUCUCAGCCGCCCAGCCCCUUCGUGGUCUACAAGUUCUCAGACUUCCCCGAUUAUCUGACCGCGACCAUCCACGACUGCUGCCACCCAAGCUUCAAAGAACUCAAGUCCUACUCCGUCCCCAUGGACGGCGAUCUGGACCGGUACCUGAAGUCUGACGUCCUUCAGCUCUACGUGUUCGACUACAAAGAGGAGCAGAUGGACGAAUACGUGGGGAAGGCCAGAGUGCCUCUGCUGCCGCUGGCCCAGGACGAGGAGAUCAGUGGUGUGUUUGAGCUCACUGAUCCCUCUGGACUUCCUGCCGGCCAUAUUGAGGUGACCCUGAAGUGGAAGUUCAGUUACGUCCCUCCAUCAGACGCCAUCAUGACUGUAGAAGAGUCCAAAUUCAUCCCAGGCCAGCUGGAGCAGGAGAAUCACAGCGUGGAGGGCAGGGAGGGAGAUGAGACACUGCAGGUGGAGGCUGGAGAGCUUUCUCAUCGGUCCAGCUCUCUGUCCACAGGCGCAGCGUCUCAGGCUCGGCUGCCAAAGCUCAGACACAAGACACAAGUGAAGGAAGGACUGACGGCCAAGAAGGUCACAUUUGUAGAUCCGACAGCCUCUGACAGCACUCGGCAGGUUGAGGACAGGAGCUCAGCAGGUGUGUCUGCAGAGACGACAUCAUCACCUGCUGUAAAGCAUGUUUUGACUCCAGCUGCUCAAAAUACAGAAGAAGAAGAAGAAGAAGAAGAAGAUGAAGAAGAAGAGUCGCACUUCUCUGAGGGGCAGCUGGUCCCGGUCAGCUCUCAGUCCUGCUCUGAUGACUCUGAAAUCUCAGAGGAAAUGAUUGAAGACGUUGAGGAGCCUCCAGCAGCCAAAGAGGAUCAGAGCGAAUCGACUCAGUCUGACAGCGAUGACUGCAUUGUUCAUGGACAUGCAGCGGGGAGGAAGCCGUCGGAGCGCCUGCGUGUGGAGAUCUCGUCUCUGAGCUUGAGGCCGGAGUGUCGGGUGGCCCGGGACGGCAGCGUGGUGCGUCUGUUUGUGGAGUACUCUCUCCUGGAUCUGCCCACAGAGGAGACCCCCCUGUCUCUCCCCAAACCCCCCCGGGGCAAGAGCAUCAACUACAACUACAGCAAAGUCGUUCCUGUGGAUGCUGAGAACAACGAGGCGAGGCGGCGCCUGCUGAGGGGCGUCCUGCAGGGACGAAACCCUCAGAUGGAGAGGAUCGUCUUCACGGUGGUGAGCGAGCCUCCGGAGGAAGAGGAGCAGGAGAGGGAGUGUGAGGAUGUGGGCGUGGCCUUCCUGAGGAUCCCCGAGAUCCUGGAGAGACAACAAGACCUGACUGAGACCAGCCUGCACGUUGUCGAUGUGGAGGACCGCAGCGAGGUGAUCGGCAGUCUCACUGUGUCUGUGGAGGGUCUGGAGGCUCUGCAGGCCAUCAUGGAGGACCAGGACCAGGACCAGGACCAGGACCAGGAUCUAACCCCCGUCUCCUCCCUGCUUCCAUCAGCAUGAGGCAACAACACAGACUCAGCAACACAACACAACAGCAGACUCCAUCUCACAGACAUUAAACUGCUUCAGAUGGACUGUUGGACUCUUGGUUCUGGUUCUGCGUUUAUGAUUUAUACACUGAUGUCACUCUCAUGAGGAAACUCUGAGCAUUUGUAAAUUGCACAGAUUUGGUUGUUUUGCAUUUGUAGUAGACUGAAGACUGGGCUGAGGGUCCAGUUCUACUGACAGCAGCAGGUCCGCAUGUGUGUUUGAACUGUCAGCAGGGUAAAUGUGUAAAUGACUCCAUAUUUCAGAGUGAUUUUGUUUCACAUGAAAACAUUUUAUUAAUUUUAACCUUCAUGUUUAAAAAUCAAACCGGGCUCUGCUGGCUGGAUGUAAACAUGGAGGGAGGCGCAGACAUUACAGGAGCUCCAUCACAUUCAGUUAAAGAGACUUCCUGUGUGUGAAUGGCACUGUGGACGUCUCUGUAAACACUGAGUGUAGAUUUAAUUUAAUUGAAAUGUACGUAUCGUAUGUAACUGAGACGUGUGAAGGUUUGUAAGGACACCAGCUGUAAUAAUGAUCUGGUGUGAUAAUGUAAAGUCACUGCAGUUAUUUGAUGUAUUUCAGGUCUGUUUGUGUGUUUUUAGGCAGAAGGGACUCGUUAGUGAGUCUGCAGCUGUUCAUGUAAUAUUAACUGUCGCAUCAGGUUUGAGUUGUGUGGACGAGCAGCAGCAGCGAGUCUGAGCUGCUUUUAUUUAAUGUCGGAUGUUCAGUGUCAGUGUGCCGAUGCCUCAGAAACGUGCCUUAAAUCAGAGAUUUCCUCUGUGAUGUUUUGUAUGGUGCUCUAAUAAAGAGUCUUUUCUGCA